AGCACUUCCGGGUUCCUCGCCUCCUUCUGUCACGUGAUCUGCGCAUCAUAGCCCUCCUUCCCCCCUUUCUCCUCUUGCAACUAUUAUCCUCCUCCUCCCGGGGAUUACACGGUGCCUGUGCGCCUGUAAGGACAGUGGAACAGCUUCUAUACCCGCAACAAAAAUCUCGGUCGCCUCGGCGGGAGGUCGAAGACGCUGUAACGCCAGCACCAUGUCCGCCAGCUCGGCCUUCAACGACGAGAAAGGGGGCUCCUCCAGUGUCGGGGAGCCCGAAUAUGGCCACGAUCCGGCGAGUGGCGGGAUUUUCUCCUCGGACUAUAAAAGAACGGCUGAUGGCAGCUUGGCCAGACGCAGCGGCAGGAGUAGGCGCAGGAGCAGGAAUGGAAAGGAUCCCCUGGCAAUCAGAUUCGGAUUACCGUGUCCCCGUCACCACGGAGAUGUCUUUUUUUCCUUGCAGGAAGUGGAGCACUUCUGGAGAGUCUUGUUGCAUCAUCCCCGCGUGAGAUGUCCACAUUGGACUAGAAAAUUGUACUUGUGACAUUCAAGCUGUUUUGGAAACAACACAAGAGGAGCUACCGGCAUCUCUUGCUUCAGCGCUUUAACUGGGGAGGGGGGGUUGCCAAGUUUUUGUGGAAAAAAAAAAAAAACAGAAGAUGACCGCCAUGCAGAAGCUACUGCAGCUGCCCAUAAGCGCGGUAAACAUGGUGAAGACUGUGCAGAGUCAGGUGCAGGGCCAUGAGGAGGACAAGAGCCCCGUGCUCACCCCCGAUGGCGGGCAGCAGACCUGGUACAGCGCCCCGAGGCCCGACGAGUUGCGCCACCUCCGCUCGGGGAGCAGCAGCGGAGGAGGAGGAGGAGGAGGUGGUGGUGGCGAUGGAGGAAGAGAUCAGGAGGAACGAGCACCACCGGAGGAAGGUGGCGGCGGUAACGGGAGUUCACAAAGUCAACCUUUGCGACACGACGACCUCAAGGAGAUGCUGGACAGCAACAAAGACUCUCUGAAGCUGGAGGCCAUGAAACGCAUCGUGGCAAUGAUCGCUCGAGGUAAAAACGCAUCAGACCUCUUCCCUGCAGUGGUGAAAAAUGUGGCUUGUAAAAAUAUCGAGGUGAAGAAGCUGGUCUACGUUUACCUCGUGCGCUACGCUGAAGAGCAGCAAGACCUCGCCCUGCUCUCCAUCUCCACCUUCCAGCGAGGCUUGAAGGAUCCCAACCAACUGAUCAGAGCCAGCGCGCUGCGAGUUCUGUCCAGCAUCCGAGUCACCAUCAUCGUUCCCAUCAUGAUGUUGGCCAUUAAAGAGGCCGCUUCGGACAUGUCUCCGUACGUCCGGAAAACCGCUGCCCAUGCCAUUCCUAAGCUCUACAGUCUGGAUCCAGAACAGAAGGAUCAGCUGAUUGAAGUCAUCGAGAAGCUUCUCGCUGACAAAACCACCCUGGUGGCAGGCAGCGUGGUCAUGGCCUUUGAGGAGGUGUGCCCGGAGCGGAUCGACUUGAUCCACAAGAACUACAGGAAACUGUGCAACCUCCUGAUCGACGUGGAGGAGUGGGGUCAAGUGGUCAUCAUCAACAUGCUGACGCGCUACGCCAGGACACAGUUCCUCAACCCCAACAUCAAUGAGUCACUACUGGAGGAGGGCGGGAGCGGCGACAAGGCCUUCUACGGCUCCGAUGGCAAUGACGAAGACGAGGAGGACAAGGAGAAGAAGGCCGAGGCCGCCGCCCUAGCCAAGCGGAAACCUUACGUGAUGGAUCCCGACCACCGGCUGCUGCUGAGAAACACUAAGCCGCUCCUGCAGAGUCGCAACGCAGCUGUGGUGAUGGCCGUGGCUCAGCUCUACUUCCAUCUCGCUCCCAAAGCGGAGGUCGGCGUGAUCGCCAAGGCUCUGGUGCGUCUUCUGCGGAGUCACAGUGAAGUCCAGUAUGUUGUUCUUCAAAACGUGGCCACUAUGACCAUCAAAAGAAGGGGGAUGUUUGAACCUUACCUGAAGAGUUUCUAUAUCCGCUCCACAGACCCGACACAGAUAAAAAUCCUGAAGCUGGAGGUUCUCACCAAUCUUGCCAAUGAGACAAACAUCUCCACGAUUCUUCGAGAGUUUCAGACAUACAUCAAAAGCGUGGAUAAAGACUUUGUGGCCGCCACCAUCCAAGCCAUCGGCCGCUGCGCCACCAACAUCGGAGAAGUGCGGGACACGUGUCUGAACGGCCUGGUGCAGCUGCUCUCCAACAGAGACGAGUUGGUGGUGGCUGAGUCGGUGGUGGUGAUCAAGAAGCUGCUGCAGAUGCAGCCCGAGAAGCACAGCGACAUCAUCAAACACAUGGCCAAACUGACGGACAACAUCCAAGUGCCGAUGGCGCGGGCCAGCAUCCUGUGGCUGAUCGGGGAAUAUUGCGAGCACGUGCCUAAGAUUGCCCCGGAUGUCCUGAGGAAGAUGGCCAAGUCCUUCACCAACGAGGAGGACAUUGUCAAGCUGCAGAUACUCAACCUGGCCGCCAAGCUCUACCUCACCAACUCCAAACAGACCAAGCUGUUGACGCAGUAUGUCCUCAACCUGGCCAAGUACGACCAGAACUACGACAUCCGCGAUCGGGCGCGCUUCAUCCGCCAGCUCAUCGUGCCCACCGAGAAGAGCGCAGCCCUCAGCAAAUACGCCAAGAAACUCUUCCUGGCCCUCAAGCCUGCGCCUGUCCUGGAAUCUCCGUUUAAAGACCGAGACCACUUCCAGCUGGGCUCGCUGUCCCACCUGCUGAACGCCAAAGCCGGCGGCUACCAGGAGUUGCCCGACUGGCCGGAAGCCGCCCCAGACCCGUCCGUUCGCAACGUGGAGGUGAAGGAGUCUUCCUGCCAGGUAUUUUCGCUGCUCGAGCGAGUCACAACGUUGACCAGCGUGCCCGAAUGGACCAAGUGCAGCAGCCGAGAGAAGAGGAAGGAGAAAAAAGUCGAAAAGCCCUUCUACUCCGAUUCUGAGGGCGAGUCUGGGCCAACCGAGUCUGCUGACAGCGAGUCCUACUCCUCCAGCGGCUCCGACAGCGCCAGCGCGAGCGCCGAAAGCGGCUCGGGAUCCCAGAGCGAAGAAAGCGAAGACGCUUCCGACUCGGAGGAUGAGGAGGACAAAAAAAAGAAGAAAGAAUUCAAGAAGCUGGCGCAAGGAAGCGAAAGUGAGCAAAGCAGCGAGGGCGACGAGAGGAAGCGCGCGAGGAAGAGCAAACAACAGAAGAGCCAAUCGGAGUCGGAGACGGACGAAGACGAGGAGAGCGAUUCCGAAAACAGCCAAUCUGAAUCUGAAGACUCCGAGUCGGAGGUGGAUGUCAAAAACAAGAAGGCGGUGCAAUCAAAAGCUCCCUCCAAGCCCGUCAUAAGAGAGACCAAGAAAGAAAAGAAAGAAAUGUCCUUGCUGGACCUCGACGACUUCGAACCCGCCCCAUCGCCUCAAGUCACGCCCGUUAACUCCUUCCUGUCCAGCAGUCUCGUGACCGACCUGGAGGGCUUGUCGUUGUCCGACUCGGUUCUCUCACCCGCGGCCAUCUCGCCGUCCGGCACGCAGAAGUGCUACGAGCUGCUGCACCGCAUCUCUGGCGAGGGCCUGUCGGUGGAGUACCGCUUCAGCCGCCAGCCCUUCGGCCCCGACGCCAACAUGGUGGCGGUGCAGAUGCAUUUUGCCAACAGCGCCGCCACGGAUGCCAAGAACCUGCACAUGGAGGACGUCAAGCUGCAGUCUGGCAUGAGGGUCAUGAACUUCCCGGAAAUCGAGCUGCUGCCUGCGGGUGAGACGACCACCGCUGUGAUGGGCAUCGAUUUCUGCGACUCCACGCAAGCGGCAAACUUCCAGCUGUGUACUCACAGCAGGAAGUUUUUCGUGUCCAUCCAGCCGCCGGUCGGAGAGCUGAUGAAACCGGUUUUCAUGACCGAGAACGAGUUUAAAAAGGAACAAGGUCAGCUCAUGGGCAUGAAUGAGAUCACAGAAAAGCUGACGCUGGAUGCGAAGUGCCGGAACGAGCACGCCAUCGUCCAGAGGGUGUCGGCCACCGCCAACCUCAGCAGAGUGCCCUGCGGCUCAGACAAGGAGUGCAGGUUUGCCGGCCGGACGGUGAGCGGCGGCAGCCUGGUGCUCGUCACCGUGGCCACCGAGGAGGACGGCAGUGCCCGGCUGACUCUCAACUGCGAGAAGAUGGUGAUCGGCACCAUGCUGGUCAAGGACGUGCUGCUGGCUCUCACGCAGUGAAUCUUUGUGGGAUUUCCUUUUUUUUUUCUUUGUGACAAUCGCAUCUGCUCACGAGAACAACAUGACAGCAAAAAAAAAAAAAAAAGAAAUCCGCUUGUCCUGCCCGUUUAUUUGGCGUAUUAUUCUUUUUCAAACUAUUUCGACCAAAUUUCAUAUUGAGGGAUUUUUUUUGGACUAAUGUUCGCAUUUUUCUUUCACAGUUUCUACCAAAUUACAGAUUCAAUAGCACUGGAGAUUUUUUUUUUUUUUUUACUGUAACAUCAACAAAAUUUGGUUACCAGAUUUUGUUUGUCAAUGUUUGCCGUUUUUUUUUUUUCAUUUGGAAUUUUAAAAUGAUUUCUCCUAAAUGAAAUAAUAUUUCAGGGUUUUGUUGUUAAUGCAGUUUGAGUGGAUUUAUGUAAUUAAUUUGUAUUUAUUUAUUUAUACCAAAUUCCAUAAGCACUUGCUGCAUCAACAAAAUGAGGGGAACACCAUGCCGGUUUCUUAAAAUGAUACUUUUAUUUUUUAACACAAAUGUUAUUUAUUAGGAAAAUCGUAGCUGAUGAAAUAAGAUCUAGGUGUUUUUGUUUCAAUGUGGCAUAACCGUUUCAAUCCUUGUCUUGCAGUCGAAGCAGAACAUAUACCAGGAAUAAACAUUUGAAAGCUCGCCGUGUACGCGCGCCACCGCUACGGUAUGUACAGGAUGUGUAUGUUAAAUAUACAGUAUACAGUACGCAGGAAACAAAAAGCUCAUCUUGUCAUUUUAACUUUUUUUUUUUUUUUUUUUACGGUCUUUACAUGAUCAUUUGAUUGUAUAUUUGUUGUUUUUCCUUUGGGCCUCAAAGUGUAGUUAGACUGCUGGACGUGUCACUUUCCCCCUGACAAUUUUGGCUUGAAAUUAUCGAGUAGUUCUGACAUGCGUGAAAGUGAAACUAAGUAAAAUAGUUCUUUUAAAAACAUCGAAAUAAUCGAGUAGCCAUCGUAUGCUGUAAUGAGUAGGAAAAAAAUGCCAUACUUUCUGACAGUUUUGACUGAAAAGGCUCAAGUUCAAUUCAUGUUAGUCUUUUUUUUUUUUAAAGAAAUGAUAACUUUUGAUGUACUUAAGAGUAUGUACUAAAAAUUAAAAAUUUU